UUGUUUUUUACAGUAUGUCAAGUGACAAAAGCAUUAACCGGAUCUAUCCUACGAAACCUUACUGGGUGUGAAGAGAUUGACGGGUUUAUCGACAUCCAGGAUUCAAAGAUGAAAUCAAGCGUCAACGGCUACACGAGAGAUGACUUGAACGCGCUCAAAUCCGUGCGCAUGAUCUCGGAAUAUGUGCAGAUUGCUACACAAACGGUCUCACCACGGAAUCUAUCUUUUCUGGAAAAUUUAGAAUUCAUUGAGGGAAGGAGUUUAGUAACAUCAAGAUUUGCUCUUGCCAUCAACAAGAACGAUAAUCUUGAGCAACUUGGAUUGCGAAACCUAAAGAAAAUCAAAGCUGGCAGUGUGAUAAUAACAGAAAAUCAUGGAUUAUGUUAUGCACAAACGAUCAAAUGGAAUAAGAUCAUCGCACCUACCGCCCAAGCUGUGAUCAACAAAAAUAUGGACAGCAAGUGUGAACAACGCAAUCGGGUGUGUGAUCCAACUUGUGAUCCAGCCCAGGGCUGCUGGGGACGUGGUCCGACCAUGUGCGCUAAAUGCCGCUAUUGGAAGUUGCGCGAUGCUUGUGUCAAAGAUUGCCCGAAAGAAGGAUGCACGGGUCCUGGAGAUCAUCUGGGUGCAGGUGGUUGUACGGAAUGCCUAUGCACUGGUCCUGGUGAUCAUUUGGGUGCAGGUGGUUGUACGGAGUGCCUGUAUGCACAAUUAUCAGAGGAACAUGAAGUAAAAUUAGCCCACAUGAAAAGUCGGAUCUAA